AUGGGAGCAGCAGGUGGAUACCGACAACCAUUUUCUGUACACAAGGCCUCUAACGAUGUCUCGUCGGACCGCCACAACUCGGGAGGCGAAGGACAUCCGCGCUACAAGGCCGCUCAAGAAAUCGGCCUGGAACCACUUGGAGAGGACGAGGUCGCACAAGAGUUUCACUCGGGGAGUGACAGUAACAAACGGGAGAGUCUCUUGGGCCCGGCAUUUAGCUCCACGAGUCGCGAUAGGCCAUUGACACGCUCGGCAUCAGUGGCGCAAAUGCGCGAUAUUAGGGGUCAGGUACAGGACCUGAAAGGAAAGAUCUCAUCUCUGAGAGAGCAGGCGCGUGCCGACAGCAUGCGAAGACGCAGCAUGCAGAGCCUGAGAACCCCCAGCCCGUUCACUCACGCUCAGGUCGACCAGUGGUAUGCCGAGCCCCAGAAGCAGCAACCACCGGAGGAGCCAUCAACCCCCAGUUCGGAAAAGAAUCCGUGGAAUGCGGACGCGAUAAGCGUUGAUGGACUGGUCGAAGAGCGAGAAGGAAGAGCCGAGGCGGGUGAACCAUCAGUCGUGGAUGAUGAGUCGGUUAUCGAAGAAUACGAUACUGCACAAGAGGUCAUUCGGCAGGGGGAAAGGCAAAAGGCACUCGAUGCCAUCGAGUCAAAUGGGAAUGUGGAGGAUGAAGCCGAUGAAGACGACAUCUCCGACAUGCAGACCGAGGACGGUUUCGAAGACAGCGUGCAAGUACAGGAAGGGGAGGGAUACGACAGCGACAGCGGAGAUUCACUUUACCAUGAUACCGUGCAGACUUUCAUGUCUCACGAAGACCGCGAAGAUGCCUUCGACUAUGAGCAUUUCUUCCUUCACAGCGCGAUGGGUACCCUCAGCCAACAACGUCGUGGUAGUGUUAGUUCCGAGAGCUCUGUUGAAACGACUCGUGGGCCCAUCGCCUCCAACGAGCCGGUUCGGCCGAGGUCGCAGCACAGACGAGGCAGCGGGGACACCACUUCAACCAUCGAGUCUUUCGCCACAGCACGCGAGGGUCGGUCCAGCCGAGUAAGCACCAGCGAAACUAACGAGGAGCUGAGGCACGGUAUUCUCACACCCCCAAGCGUCAGCCCCAUUAGCGAGCAAACUGAGAGCCCGCCAACCGCCAAGCGAUCAACCAAGGGGGGCAACACGGGCGGCGAGGAUGCUUUGGAAAAGCUACGGAGCCGUGCCCGCGCAGGCUCGACGGUCUUCCGUCGGCCGAUGAGUACCCAGGCAAUCAUGGGCCACCGCCCGUCGACUGCAUCCUUCGACUCGACAGGCACCAACCGGAGCUUUCCGUUGGUGGGCAAGGCGCGUCUCAGCGCUGGGGUGCUCACGCCUCAGAGCUCUCCCGAACUGGAACUCAAGACCAUCUCGGAUGCCCUGAUGAGCGAGACGGCGAGCGUUUGCGACAAGGAGAGCAUGCACACGCCGGACCAGCCUGCCCCAUGGAGCAGCUGGCAAAAGAGGACCAGAUUCUGGUCGAGCGCUUUGUAG